AUGGCCUCAUAUUCCAUACCUCGUCAUUUCGUACAAACUCGGCUCUAUACUACAUCACACCUCACGGAUUACGGAUACAACUCAUUCUCGCCAUUGUAUCUUGCCUUGCCUUGCCGUGCCUUGCCGUGCCUUGCCCUACUUACAAAUUGCCUACGUAUGCCCGGUGGCAUAGGUAUGAUGGUGCCAUCAAUGUCCUUUCUCGGUACGCCGUUGAAGCUCACUUUAUUACAAAUUGGGCCAUGCAGUCAGUCAAUAGGUAUCAGCAGUUGUCUGGAUCAGUGGAUGCCCGCCCAUACGGCUACAACGUGCUGGGGUCCAUCGUCAUGUUCUCCCUGCCCUUGUGUCACCGGCCAUCACUGA